UGGCCUAUUUUUGCAAGUUCGAAAAAUGUUGGCCUAUUUUUAAUUUGCAAGUUUGAAAAAUAUUGGCUUAUUUUUGCAUAUCUCCCUAAGAUAGUGGACUUAAAUAAUUUUGAACUCCAGGUAUUGGCAUUUGGCUUCCUUAAUCACAGGCAUGACUGGUAUUGGGAAGACAACUCUUGUAAGAAAAGUGUACAACCAUCCAGACGUGGUUAAGAAAUUCCGCCGCCGCCGUGUUUGGGUAUGUGUUUCUACCAACUUUAGUCAUAAAGAAAUAUUGAAGAAGAUAAUAGAGCAGGUGGUAGAUUGUAUGAAAUUGAGAAGGGAUUCUAUAUUGGAGAAAAUGGAGCGACCAGACAACUUUUGUGUGGGAGAGAUGCUUCGCAAACUUCUCAAGGGAAUGGCAUAUUUGAUAGUUCUUGAUGGCUUUCCCAAAGAAAUGUGCUUGGGAUACAUUAUGGAAUUUAUUCCGCUUAAUGGUAAAGGAACUAGAUUGCUUCUGACAUGUCGCACUGCGUAUAAAGAUCUCAACAUCGGUUAUACUCAUCGGAUGGAAACUUUGGAUCCUCCUAAGAGCUGGCAAUUGCUUUUGAAAACAAUACCAAGAGAGCUCAAAUUCCCAAAGCACUUGGAGAAUAUGGGGAGAGAAAUGUUGAGAAAAUGUGACGGUCUGCCAUUAGCCAUAAUCGAGAUGGCCAAACAGUUAGCAAAAAGGAAACCAUCGACAGAGAGUGAAUGGGAAGAAGCUCUUAAAUCAAUUGAUUUGUGCUCAAUACUACCGUUAUUUGAAUCCAGUUAUCGAAAAAUGGACGCAGAAUCGAAGCCAUGCUUCUUGCAUCUGGCCUUCUUUAAGGAACUUACAAGUAUUAGGACACAAAAGUUGGAACAUGUUUCGGCUAUAGUAAGAAUGGUCUCAGAAAGCCAAAUUAGAUCAUAUGUGAGUAUCUUAAAUCAGGAAUGCUUUGUCGAGAUCAAGGACAAGAAGAGUUAUCGCGUGAUUGGUAUACUACACAUGCUAUCGAAAAAAAAAGCAGAGGAAGAAAUAGGUUUUGAGAUCCUAAGGAGCCAUGGAAAUAAUCAACCCUCUCAGAGUCCUCGACACCAUCGUGUUAUCAUUUGUAGUCGAGACAAGUUCAAUUACUCGACAAAUGAAGAUAAGCAUCUUGUUUCUCUCUUCUUCCAUGGAGGUGGCUACUUGGAUGCUAAUUGGGAGAGUUUUGAACUACUUAAGAUACUUGAUUGGGAAGAUUUUGGGCUUGAAGAAUUUACCAGAAAAGAGUAUUGACACAAUGAUGGGAUUAAGAUACUUGGGAUUGAGAAAUAAUUACUUACAAAAGCUCCCACGCGCAUUGGGGAGGUUGAAAGAGCUUGAGGUUCUUGAUAUAGCUCUCAACUUUACUGCUGGAAGUGCCAAAUAUUAUAUGGGAAAUGUGUAGCCUUCGUCACCUCUACAUGUCUGAUGUGAUUUGCCGAGAGCCUCUGAAGAUUGAAAUGCUGGAGAAUCUGGAGACCUUAACCUACAUCUCAUUUGAUAAUUGGACAUAUGAGCUCUCGGGCAUGGGAAAGAUGAUCCGUCUCAAGAAACUGGGCAUUGAAGAAAUUGAUGAAAACUCGAAUGUAAGCAAGCUCUUUGCAUCAUUGGUUGAGCUGAAGAAUCUUGGAACCCUAAUCUUGAGAGGGUUUCGUUUCAGAAGCAUGCCUUGUUUGGACCAGCUUGGUAUUCUAGAAGGAAUUCAUACACUCAAAUUAGAAGGGCUCCUUCCCAAGUUACCAGUAAGUGGCACUAGUUUCCCUCGAUUUCUUAGAUCAUUGACGUUGGUUGAUAGCUGUCUUGACGAAGACCCCAUGCCACUACUAGGGGCGAAGCUAACCAUGCUUAAGCACCUCAAAUUGCGGAAUGCAUACACUGGUCAAGAAAUGGUGAUCUCGGAAUACAUGCAUUACCUUGAGGUCUUGUGCUUGGAAGAGAUGUGGAAUAUGAGAAAUGUAGAAAUUUUUAGAGGUAGACUGUAUCAACUCGAGAAGUUAGAUUCAAGAAUUGUCCAUAUCUGGAGACCCUACCCGAAGAGAUUGGGGAGAUGAGAGAGUUGGAGGAGUUAAAGAUGGUGACAACCAAAACCAUUGCAACAAAGAUCCGAAACUCAGCCUUAAUCUCCAAAAUAAGGCAGCGGUCUUCUGAUUUUCGGUUGGAUUUGAAUAGUGAUAAUUAAGAAUUAUCUGUUAAAUGCUGAAUUCGGCAUUGAUAACUGUCAUUAUAACUUGUAGUAUUACGUUUUAGACUUUAAACUUUUCCUUCACUUGUUACAACUGUGCUACUUGUGUGUUGUCUAUUAGUUGUUCA